UUGGUCUUGUAUUUGAUGCUCUACUUCUUUUGUUAUAAAGCCGGCAAAAAGACCACAGAUGAGGAGCUGGAGGAGAUGCUGGAGAGUGGGAACCCCGCCAUCUUCACUUCUGGGAUCAUUGACUCUCAGAUUUCCAAGCAAGCCCUCAGUGAGAUCGAGGGGCGGCACAAGGACAUUGUGAGGCUGGAGAGCAGCAUCAAGGAGCUUCAUGACAUGUUUAUGGACAUCGCCAUGCUGGUGGAGAAUCAGGUAACCGGCAGUGGGCACCACCCUGGGGAGAGGGAGGAAAGCUCAGGUCCUCCUGAGAAGGGCGGACUGGAAG